AUGCUUCGAACGAUCACCAAUGAAUUAGCAAAUGAAGGCGCGCAGCAAACCAAAAGCCAGCUGGUGAUACCGUUAGGGCGCUAUGAGGCACCCACACCACCGCUUGAUGUGGCCAAGUCUCGAGCGUCCCCCUUCGAAGCACUUCCGUUCGCGCAAGCAACUACCACCCCCGAAUUGCCCUUGUUCAGUCCCAGUCUAGACGAACCCCUCGGUUCGUACGAGCCUCUUUCGUCGCCGCAGGAGACACCGGAACUAUCACCCCCUCAGAUCAGGGUACCGCAAAAGCCUGCGAUUUUGAGGGACGAUACCUCGUGUGUUGUCGAUGAGACUCUGGCCUCCUUCGAAUCGUUCACCUCCCAGCUUUCACUCGAGAUCGACGAGGAGCUUCAUGGUGUAGUUCACAGCGUGCUGCAAAAACUACCUCGUGCUAUUGACGCCCUCAAGGCCAACGAUGAUAUUUACUGGUUCCGCGACUACCACGGUACUUUGAUCAGUGUACAUGAAAAAUGGUAUGAUUCGGAAGACCACCAAGGCGUAAGUGCCACUUGGGUGUUACUUUUGGUGCUCCCUCUUCUCAACGUGGUUUGCUCGAAGCCAAUCAUCCAGGGUAUUUGCUCAAUUGCAAUGAAUGACCUGCUUUCCACUAUGCGUGGCCUCUCCGUAGGUCUUUCGGAUGAUACCACGUUGGUUGAGCAGAUGCUCGGUGGAUCAUGCUGGUCCCUUUUGGUUAACCUGAUGGGGCGAAAUCAAGCAGAUAUCCCGUACCAGGCGUUUCGGACAGCUAAGCUAAUAGUUUACAAUGCGCCCAUCUGCGAAGACGUACUUGCCAAAGGUACUGGACUAGGUCUGGGGGCCGCGGAAUCUCAAAAUGCUGACAUGCGUCUGUAUUGGUAUCGCAUUGACCUCAUCGAGAUCAUAGUAACAAAAAUCGAGAAUAUCCAAGGUAACGCAUCUGACCACAUUACUGUCUAUUUGAUGCGAUACGCUCAUCAACUUGAGCAGGCCAAGUCACAGGAGCGUGACGUGGUGCUCCUGCGACAAAUAGAAGAUAUUUUGACCACCAUCAAAUCGAUAAUCUCAGCAACCGCAGCAGUAAGCCCCAUUGUCAAAAGGGGUCGUUAUUAUGCUACACUGGCAUCAUAUCCUGCUAUUGGCGAACCCAGAAUCCGGGUCGUUUCCCACUCUAACUCCUCAGGCUCCCAAGUUGUUGAUGAGUUCGACCGUCUGUUCCCUUCGGGUAUAGACAGUUCGGGUGCUUGCGAAAUCGACUCUUCGCUAUUCCGUCCUCCCUCUGCGACACCCCGCUAUGCAACCUUGCCUGAGGGCCCAACAUCGCUGAGUCCAGAUGCCGACACACAAGAUCCACCAAAGGUACACUCCUGGUUGCGAAGUUGGCGGUCCCGCCGUCAACUCAAACCUGAUGUCAAUAGUGUUGAACACCGAAACCGGUUAAGGACAUGGUUCAGUGAUCACUUCAAGCGUAUCAUGCGUCCGUUUUCUGCAUCCCCAGCAUCUUGCGUCUCUUCAGAGAUCGACACUACCCUGGACGUGGAAAUUCCAAACUGGAGGCUGAGGUCCUGGCACUCCGCAUACGAACCUGGCGGUUUACUUCGCCCUAAAUUAUAA